AUGCAAGAGCUGAAGAACCAAAACCGCUUCGACCUGGUGGGCGUAGUACUUUCUGAGGCUCUCGAAGCCGGCGGUGCAAAGGUCAGCCCGAGAGAAUUCACCACGGGUAUCAGCGCGUGUGCAACGGCGAGAAACUGGCAGUUAGCUGUGCAACUCUUUGACUUGAUGCACAAAGCCAGAGUUGCUGCUAAUGCUUACUGUCACAACGCCACCAUCAGCGCUUGUGAGAAGGGUGGGCAGUGGCAGCUUGCGGUGCAUCUGUUCGACAGCAUGCGCAAGGCCAUGGUGGAUGCCGAUGUUAUCAGCUACAAUGCCACCAUCAGCGCUUGUGAGAAGGAUGGGCAGUGGCAGCAAGCCAUGCAGCUGUUCGGAAGCAUGCUCAAAGCCAAGGUGGAUGCCGAUGUCAUCAGCUAUAGUGCCACCAUCAGUGCUUGCGAGAAG